UUUCCACGGGCCGAGCGAGCCGCACGGUGGCCCUAGGUGGCCGAGCCCCUCGAGGUGUCCGACUCGCGUUCGCGUCCCGAUCGUCUCCGAACCUCCUCGGUAUCUCUUCGGUCCUCUAUACAAGGUUCGCCUUGGAGGAGGACGAGUCGACCCCUCGAACCGCGGCUACGCGUCCAGUGGUGCGUUUCUCGGAGCCGGCCGAGGGAUCGGGCGUCGCGCGGUGUGCAGUUCUCGCGACGGCGAGUCAUCUGGACUCGCCGAUGUAUUGACGCGUCGAUGGUACGACCCGACAUGGACCGAUCGCCGGAUCGAGGGCCGACCCCCGGCGGGCGUCCCGACGCCCUCGCCUGGCAACAACCUGCCGGACCCCGCGAGAUCGCUCUCUCGUGAGACGACCACCCGACCCUCCACCUGCCGCGACCUUCGGAUGCUGAUUGCAGGGGAGAGCCCUUAUCGGCCGGUGACGCAGCCUCGCCGAUCAGCUGGCCGGGGUCCUGCGCCGGGAUCGCCGGAGAUCGCGGAGGCUAUACCCGGGCGGACGAUGCUGUCGUACAUGCUGCCGACGGAGGAGAAGCCGCCCCCGGGAGACGCGACCCACCAGAACUCUCGGCCCGGGAAAGCUCCGGCCAGGAAGGACCGCGGCCCGCCGAGGGCCUCCUCCUCCCCGAAGAAGACGGCCGACUCCUCCAGGAGAACCAUGGCCGGGGCCCCGGCCAGUCCUAGAAGCGAGGACGGCCCCGCCGACGACGGGCCCGCCGACAGCCCCAAGCACAACGGCACCGCUCGCAAGAGCACCCUCCACACCUCCAGGGUGACCAAGGACGAGAGCCUCUACAGCAUCGACAGCGAGGCCAGUACCGUCGGCAGCGACCGGAAGAGCAAAAUCCUCAACGGCGCGAAACACGCCAGCCUGAAGAGGGUGUCCUUUGGCUCCAGCAAGGGAUCCAUGGUCGAGACCCUCGUCUACGAGACGCCCGUCCAGGAGGAGCCGGAGAUGAUGAACCACUUCCUGGAGCACAACGGCCGCGUGCCCACCUCCGGCAUGUCCGUCCCUGACACCGACGAGGGCAGAGAAAGGGUACGCGUGUCGCUGCUGGGCCCGGCACCUUCGCCGGUGACCCCCGGGGUCCUGCUGCUGGAGCCGAUCAUCCCUCCAGGUCACCUGCUGGACGCCAUGGCCGCCAACUCUGCGGAGCUCUUGACCACCCACACGGAGCACACCACCCCUACCUACCACGCGCAAAUCAGCACGGACAGUGGGUGGGACAACCCGUUCAGGCCGGACGGCGACUUGUCCAGGGAGGCCGACGAGAUCGUCGAGCUGAUCAAGGGCGGCAAGCCCAUCACCCCGACCCCGGGCCAGAACGCGCCUCCUUUGCCAGGAUGCGAGACCCCCGCGAAUAGCCAGGCCGAGGUCGACUCGAGUUCGAGUCCGCUCCUCAACUCUGCCGCGAACUCGACGAACCGACCCCCGAACUCCUCGCCGAGGCUCAGCCAGGGAAACGGGAACGCCCAUGGCACGUCGGCGAAGGGCUCGGCCAACCAGCAGCCCGUUAACGAGAAGGUGGGCCCGGCGACGAACGCGGCGACCGUCGAGGUCGGCAGGGUGACCUCGCAGGGGCCAGGGGAUGCCUCCCAGGUGGAGCACGUCACCCUGAAGAAGAAGCCGAAGUGCAAGUGCUGCGUCCUCCAGUAACGCGGGGGUGGCCGAGGAGAGGGGAGAUUCGAUGAUUCCCCGAGUCGUCGGGACGAGUCCGGGAUUCGAGAGCGCGGCAGCGGGCGUCGGUCGUCGACGUCGACGUCGACGUCGGGACGGCGGAGGAGAAGAGACCUCGCUAUCGGGCUCGAGAGAGGAGAUCUCGGGCCCGAGGACGGAAAGAGACUGCAAAGCGCUCCCGAGACGUGAUAGAAGGUCGAUAUAUAUAUACAUACGAGGGGGAGGAGGAGGAAAAAGUACACACGGGGAGAGAGAGAGAGACCAGACCAGGAGGGGAGGAAAUGAUUAAAGUAUAUUGUAGAUACAGAAUGGUAGCUAUAUAGCUUAUAUGCUUUUACUAUUGUGGUUACUACGAUUAAGGAUCGUCAGGCGACCGAGGCAUGGCCGCGUCGGGGAAAGCGCCCUGGGCCAACUGCAACGAGUGCAUCCUUGGAAAAUAGACGCCGAGAGGGAACAAAAGGGGAUGAGAAAAAUGGAAGACGGUCCUCGAAGUGGCGACGGACGCGUUGCACUUGGUCCGGCACGGUUUCCCCCUCGGGAGAACGCGGAGCGAGAUUGGUUUACUACGAGGCUGCCUAAUUUCACUCUUUCCUUAACAUUGGGAGACCAGGCGGUCUCUUUUCCGCUCGUCGUAGGAAAGAAGAAAAAAAAAAGAAAAUUAAGACGAAUCGGCAACGAAGGAGGGAAAAAGCGGGAGAAAAAUUGUGCAGCGACCGCGAGGGGAUCUCUCGGUGGUCCGGUGCGAGGGAGAGCACCGACGGCUUCCCCGGGGGGAAGGAAGAGAAGCGAUGUAAAUUUGUAUCUGGGAUUGGGUAUAUAGUGUCUAUAUAUGUUCCGGAAGAAAAAAAAAAAACAAGAAUCAUACACUAUACGAUAUGUAGAUCUUCGGACGACGGGGGGCAUCGUUCGGGACCUCCUCCAGAGGACCCAGGGGGUGCGUCUCGACUUUCGGAGCCUGUGUAUAUUCCCUAUAUCAUAUAGUAUAUAUAUACAUAUAUAAAUAUAUCUGCUCGCUGUAUAGAAUCGAGGUAUGCCCAAUUCGAGGGAUGGAGAUCUAUAUUUUUCACGCGUUAGUCGGACAUCUCCCCCGGUCCCGGCGAAAAUUAGGCGAGCCUGUGCUAAGCCAAGAUCGAGGAGAGGCGCGUUUCGUUUACGAGGAACGCUUUGAGGGCUGCGACGAGGAAUGCGUCCUCGAGGAUUAUGGAUUUGGACCGAGCCUUGUAAAUACAUGUCGAAUCUCACGCGGCCGGACGUAUCGUUGUACCGACCUCCCCGAGCCCUCCGCUCGCGGAGAAAAUCCCGGCAGGAUCUAUCCGCGAGCCGGAGGUCAAGGAGGCGGGUCGUCGUCACGCCGUUUUCUUUCCUAACUGCUGCUAGUGCACAAACUAACCGUUUAACGACUAGGAGCGCGUCAUUUUUAAGCGGAACCCUCGACGCCCGGCGUCCCGUCGUUCCUGUUGCGUUCCUUCCACCGCGACACUUUAGCUUCUCUCCUAGAUAUUAACGUGCAUGUUAGGUUUCUAUUUAUUUAAUAGGCGCCCCCCUUCUUGAUUUUCAAUUCCACGGGGUCGGAAGGUAGACAUAGAGGGCGAGAAAGGGCGUACGUGUAAAUCGAAGAGCGCGGAGCGAGGAAUUGUGAACUGCGAAGCCACGAGGUGACGGACCCGGAAUAACGACGGGUUUAUUCCCUACUUCGACUAACCGUAUACGUAUAUUGUCUAGGAUAUGUGCACGCGUUCACGCAUUUUAACCCUCAAACCGACGAUCAGUCGAGCGCCGCACCCUGUGAUCGAGAUCCUCCCUUAGAGGCGCGCGUAAUGUAUACGAACGAUGGCCGCGUUGAGUUUCGACGUUCCCGACAGAAAGUACACGUACCGUAGGUCGGGGAAGCACGGAAGGUGGAAGGAGAAAAACCUCUCAACUGUCUGUCCCAUGCAACUGUUGACUCUGCUGAGCUUACGGAUAUUAAACGAACAUUAAAUGUCUUGUUAAAGAGAA